UUAAUAUUUAUUUAUUAUCAUCACUCAAAAUGACGCAGAAUAAUUUGAAUAAUGAUAAAAAUGGAAUGAAACAUGAAGAAGAUGGAUGUGUGGAUGUUCUAGAAAGAAAUUCCGUUGUAUAUAAAGAUUUAUCUUUUAGCUUGACACAAAAAGUCAGUGAUUACUCAAAACAAUAUUCAAACGUUUAUGUUGCCAGACUCAAAGAACUUGGAGAAGUUUUGACAGCAAAUGUCAAAGCAAAAUGGAAAAAUGUCACAAUUGCAAAAUUAGCUGAUUUGGAUACUAUUGUGGGAGAUACUUGUGCUAUAAUUGGAACAUUAUAUAAACACCAGCAAUGGAAACCAUCAAUUUUGAGAGAGGUUGGUGAACACAACAGAUUGACAAUACAACCUGAGAAAUCUGAUUAUUGUUCUGAAAAUGAUCAAGUAUUCUUAGAAGAUGAAGAACUACGUAUUAGAUUGGUUGGUAAUUUAGUUGAUCUUGAAAGCGUUGUUACUGGUUUAAUAUGCGCUGUAUUAGGAAAUGAAGGCAAAGAUGGUACAUUUACUGUAAAAGAUUGGUGUUUCCCAGGGUGUGCACCUCAAACUCAUCCAACUGUAAAAUCAAAUUCAAGUGGGAAGAUCGUUCUAAUAUCUGGAUUAAAUUUUAUUAAAAAUUCAGAUGACAUAGCAGUAGAAUUAUUACGAGAAUGGAUAUGUGGAAUGGCUGGUGAUAUAACAGCUCAAAAAGAGGAAGCUUCCAUUGUACGGCUUAUUAUAGCAGGCAAUAGUAUUAGUAAUAGCAAAAAGAUAUAUGAACGUUUGAACAUGUCAGCAUUGAAACUAGAAGAACAAAAACAUACAGUAGAAACUGUAACUGCGACACAAAAGUUAGAUGCUUUUCUUUCCAGUAUUGCAAAGUGUUGUGGUGUUACUUUAAUGCCGGGUCAACAUGAUCCAUGUAAUAGACUGUUACCACAAAAACCACUUCAUCCUUGUAUGUUACCACAGUCAUGCAGACUUACAAGUUUUCAAGGUGGUUCUAAUCCAUGGGCCAGCCAAAUUGGUAAUCGUAUGGUAAUGGGUUCAAGCGGUGAAUCUAUUGAAGAUAUUAUGAAAGCUUCUGGUUCUAAAGAUAUGACUCCGUUACAAUGGCUAGAAAAAACUCUUAUUUGGAGACAUUUGUGUCCAACUGGACCAGACACAUUACCAUCUUACCCGUAUAAUGAUAAAGAUUUAUUCGUAAUAAAACAAUGUCCUGAUAUAUAUUUUACAGGGAAUGCCAAUGAAUACGAAACUAAAUUGUUUAAAGGUGAGGAAAAUCAAGUUGUUAGAUUAGUUUGUAUUCCACAGUUUUCUACAUCUCAUACUGCUGUAAUAAUUGAUCUGGAAAGUCUUGAUGCAGAAUUGAUUCAUUUUGGAACAGAAUAAAUACAAUUUUUCUAUUCUUCUUUCAUGUAUAUUAUAUACCAUUGUUG